AUGGGACGUAACGCCGACGCCCCCAUCGAGGGCAAAAAGGGGAUCCUGUACAUGAACCGCAACUCGCCCGUGUCCUCACAGCUCUACAUCGCCAACGCCGACGGCAGCAACGAGCGGCUGCUGCUGGGCAACAACUCUGUGUACGAGUAUCACGCCCAGUGGUCCCCCGACGGCGAGUGGAUCGUCUUCACGAGCGAGCGCAACGGCGACGGCAACUCAGACCUGUGGCGGUCUCGUCCUGACGGGAGCGACCUCGAGGCCCUCGCCACGACGCCCUACGUCGAGGGCGGCGGAGCCAUCUCGCCCAACGGGAGCCUGGUGGCGUUCCACUCGACGCGCAGCAACUACAAGAGCAACAUCUGGGUCAUGGACCUCGAGACGGGCACGUCGUGGAACAUUACAAACUCCACCGAGGUUGCUGGGGACUGGCAGCUGCCGGACGGACACUUCCGACCGGCCUGGUCUCCGGAUGGAGAGUGGAUUGUGUUCUCCUCGGACAAGGACACGCUGUGGAGGGGACACAACAAUGUGUCUGGCUGGGAACACACGCAGGAACUCUCCAUCUAUGCCAUCAGGCCGGACGGGAGCGGGUACCGCAAGGUGGUCAACAACUCGGGGUAUUCCCUCGGCUCGCCCAAGUUCUCGCCUGACGGGUCGCGCAUCGUGUUCUACGAGAUGACCACCGAGUCCACUGUGUUUGCGAGGCGGCUGGACCUGAUGGAUGAGGAGGAGAGCCAGAUUGUGUCGGUGGACUUUGCCACAGGGACAGACCGUGUCAAUCACACGUCGGGCAGUGGUGUCAAGGUGUUCCCGCAGUAUGUCGAUGCGAACACGAUUGGGUACCGGAACAAGACGACAGGCUUCAACUACGUCUCUGCCCAGGCGCAGGGUGGUGGUAACUUCACCAGCCGGGCCUCGAUCCCAGGCGGCAUCGCCAUCGCCUCGCCCGCCUGGUCACCAAACGGCACCCUGCUGGUGUACGAGAAGCCAGUGUGGGGGACCCCCUCGGGCGCGCUCACCUGGCGGCCCAUCAACAAGCCCCUCUACAGCUGGAACGACGAGUGGGAGUACCGCAACAUGGACGUCUUCCCGACCCUCUCCAAACAGGGCGUGCUGGCCAUCAGCGAACAGGAGCUGGCCAACGGCUCGCUCUACACCAUGCGCCCGGACGGCACCCACCAGACCGAGAUCUUCAGCGCCCUCACCGACGACGUGAUCCCCGCCGCGCUGGCAGCCGGCACGGACGCGGGCGCGUUCCAGCCCUCGUGGUCGCCGGACGGCGACUGGCUGGUGGUGGGGCUGGGCAGCUGGUUCCAGACGCGCGAGGACGACCUGGGGCUCAUCUACCGCGUCGCCGCCAACGGGUCGUGGCACGAGGUGCUGGUCAACGAGACGGGCAUCAACGCCGGGUUCCCGAGCCUGUCGCCCGACGGCCGCUACAUGGUCUACCGCACCUGGGACCAGGCCACCGACUGGUCCGGUGGCCUGCGCGUCCUGGACCUCGAGACCGGGAACACCACCGUGCUGACGACGGCGUGGGACGUCCUGCCCUCGUUCGCGCCCACGGGGUCCACCAUCCUCUUCACCCGGCGCACCAGCACGCCCAUCGCCGGGCCGUAUGAUGAUAACUAUGAUGUGUGCACGAUCAACCUGGACGGGUCGGAUUUCCAGAACCUGACGCCCGAGUCGCUGGGGAACGAUGCACAUGCUACCUGGACCGCGGAGGGCAGGAUCUGGUAUGUGGGCUCGCAGUUUGGGUUUCCUGAGGAGGGCCCUGUGUAUGAUAACAUCUGGCAGCCGUAUGGCAAGAUUAUGCUGAUGAAUGCGGACGGGUCGAACAAGACGGUGUGGACGGAUGGCAUGUGGGAGGAUGCGAUGCCGCAGUUUAUUCCGAAUUCUUUGUUGAACGGAACUGCUGCUUAG